UCAUGUCAGAAAUAUUCAUAUUUCCCUGCGCACUUUAAGCAUCGAACGUCGAAAAGUGGACGAUUUAUAUGUCGCGUAGAAAACGAUACGCAUCAAUUGCAACUCUCGAUCCACGAAAAUCAUGCGGAAUCGGAAAAUUUUCAUCGCAUCGAUUCCGCGCGCUUCAAACGUCGACUCUCGACAUCUCGAAUCGAAGGGCGCGAAAGACUCGAACGAUCCGAAAAGACGAAACGUGCGAUUACCGCCGCCGUUGGCCGCGCGGUGCUGCCAUCUGGCGGCGGCCUGCCGCGAAUCCGUUCCCUACCCAAGUCCCUAGCGAACCUACGACUACAUUCACGCUGCGGCGGAGCAUUUAUACGGGUGGACUGCAACCAGGCGCUUUAGUCUCUGGUUGAGAUGCGAGGCGUGAGUAUGGGGUACGAGUGCAGCCCGCCAGGCGUGAACUGCAUCGAGAAUUGAAAACAAUAAACACCGGGGGAGGAUCCGUGUAUGACGUCCUGUUUUCACCGGCGUGUUCUGUCCACAAACAGAAUAAACAACAACGGCGCAUUGUCCGGCGAACGGGGGAUCGUUCUCGCCUGUCCACCUCCGCGAAUCAUUUUUUUUUCCCCCGGGAUAUAUUUCUCCGUUUCUCUCUGUCAGUGAAUACUCGGAACGCGAGCUGUCACUCGCAAAUGUACGGUUAAUCGAUCCGCGUGCAAUAACGAGACGUCCGGACCGCGUCGCUCGAUGCGAGCCACGGCAACGCGGCCGAAUCGCCAAACCGAUCCGAGCGAUUCCCGGGGUUAAAUCGUUUCGUCGUCGUCGUCGUCGUCGAUGCGACAAUAUUCGCCGCGUGUGCCUCCUAGGGAUACGUGAAAGGGACAGCCCAACGUUCUCUGCUGGAUACCUCCGGGAUUGAUAAACCAGGCCAAGAUGUCGGUUCUACUGGAAGCGAGGUCCUACAGGCCGUUCAAGUCCUCCGAGGAGUAUCUGGUGGCGAUGAAAGAGGACUUGGCGGAAUGGCUGAACGCACUUUACCCGGAGCUGCGAAUCAACGUCGACAAUUUUAUGGACAGACUGGACACCGGCGUCGCGCUCUGCAAACACGCGAACAACGUGCGAAAGUCGGCGGCGGAGUACGUGGCCCGCCGUCAGGCCCGCAAGAUCUCGAUGACACGUUCGAUAACCUCGUCGCUGGCGUUGCCGAUGAGCCAGCUGAACGACGUGGCCUUCCUGCCGAACGCGAAGGCCGGCACGUUCUUCGCCCGCGACAACGUCUCGAAUUUCAUCGGCUGGUGCCGGAACAGCCUCGGUAUCAUCGAGUGCCUGCUCUUCGAGACCGACGACCUGAUCAUGCGUAAGAACGAGCGCCACGUGAUCCUCUGUCUGCUCGAGGUGGCGCGGCGCGGCGCGAAAUUCGGCAUGUUGGCGCCGAUGCUCGUGCAGAUGGAGAGGCAAAUAGACAGGGAGAUCGCCGCCGAGAAUAAGGCCGCGAACGGGGCGCACGGGAAUUCCGGCAACGAGGAGAGCGACGACGAGUACGCCGACAUGCACCAGGAGGAGCCAUGCCUGAUCUACGGCCCCCAGCCGCAGAUCGUUACCAACGACCUGAAGAGCCUCGACGAAAUGGUUCGAGAUUUGGUAGAAAGAUGCACGUGCCCGACGCAGUUCCCCAUGAUCCGCGUGUCGGAGGGCAAGUACAGGAUCGGGGACACAAAGGUGCUGAUCUUCGUUAGGAUUUUAAGGAGCCACGUUAUGGUGCGCGUCGGCGGCGGAUGGGACACUCUCAGCCAUUACUUGGACAAGCACGAUCCCUGUCGGUGCAGAACCUCGCACCGCUCGAUGAUCUCAGCGAAGCUGAUUCAAAAGGCUGGAGGGUCCUUCGACCUUGGCAGCGCGCAGGUGCAUUACGAGAGAUCACCUCCUAGAACGCGGCGGAGUUCGGCGUCGAGCGUCGGCUCCUGCGCCGGCACGAUGCAGCCGCAACAAUCGACGCAGCUGCACGCGGCCAGGAGCAUCUCGAGCAAUCGUUCGCGAUCGCCCACGCCCCACCAGCAACACCAGGCCGCCGGUAAGCAACCGGACGAGCAGCAGCAGCAGCAGCCGAAGAAGAGCAAUCGAUCGAGGAGUCCCACGCCCCAAAGGAAAUUCCUCGGCAGCCCGAGCCAUCAGCCCGAUUUCGGGAAACAGCGGUCGAGAUCGCCGACACCGAAGCCGCAGCUGCGAUCGAGCAGCCCGACGACCAAGCCCGGGUCCGCGGACUCGCCCAAGAGAUGCAUCAACGAGGACGCGAGGUCGCCGACCCAUCACCCGAAGCAUCAAGAACCUAAGGAUGCUAAGAAGGAUCUGCACCAGGAGAUCCGCACGAAGGUGCCCCUGUCGGAGGAGUUCACGAAGAGAUACGUGGUGGAGGGCGGCGUGGCUCGUCGGGCCGUGGAGAAGGACGAUACCCCGAAGUACGAGCCGAGCAUUUACAAUUACAAGUGUCGCGAGGAUUCGAGCAGCAGGAGCCCGACACCCAGCCCGCCGGCCAUCAAAGAGGAGCCCGUGCUGGAGAACUUCGGCAAGGACGUCACGGGGAAUCAACAGUAUACGAAGUCGCCACACGGGGACGGCGAACAUUCGGACAACUGCAGCGAGGUGUCCGACGAAGGGUACAGAAGUUUGGGAGCCGUGCAGCCGCCUGCCAGCAACGGCGCGACGCAAGGAUCGCCCACGGUUGCCGAUUGUCAAAAGCAACCCGCCAAGCUGGAGCCGGAGGAUCGGUCCUGCGUGGAGACGGAGAGCAUCGAGACGGGUCUGCGUAAGACCCGUAUCGGGCCGGCGAGCCCUCUGCGGGCCUCCCCGUCUCGAAGCGUGGCGUCCUCCUCGGGCGACAGGACUCCGCGCGCGGGGAGCAUAGUCCGCGAGAACAGCAACGUGUCGCGGGGCUCGUCGGGCAGCAGGACCCCGCGCGAGAGCAACUCGAGCCCGGAGGGUAGCCCGUUGAAGCGCGGGGCAGCGCGGAACAGUCUGCGCAAGCCGCCGACGGGCAGCCUGAGCAAGGCGUCACCGGUGCCGAAGAGCUGCCAGUCGCCGGUCAGCGGCAGCAACACGUGGAACGGCAGGCAGGUGCGGCAGAGGCCGAGCAUCCAGUCGGACACGUUCCUGAGCCCGCAGGUGGCGGGGAGCUGCGGGGCCGCGGCGAGCUUCUCGCGGAAGAGCCCGGCGAGGCAGAGCCUGCCGAGGCAGAACUCGAGCAACGGGGUGCAGUACGACAGGAACGGCAGGCGGGUGAAGCCGUCCAGCACCGGCUCCCUGCAGUCCUCGCCCACGAAGGUGGCGAACCCGCUGCUCGAGCAGAUCCUGCAGAAGGUCGGCCACCUGCAGGACGAGCGGGAGGUCGUGCAGAAGCUGCAGGACCUGCUCAGGGACUACCAGAGCCACGGCGGGGACGGAGUGGCGAAUCUCGAGUUCACCAGGGCGUGGAUCGACGGGAACGGGACCGUGGUGCUGCCGCAGGACAGCCAGACGGCGGCGAGUCCCAGGAAGGACCCGAAACCGGCCUCCGAGAGGGGCGGAUACUCCAGGAUACCGGCGCCGGUCUACAAGAGGCCCAUGUCGGUCGCGUCCGACAGCGUCUGAGCCAGGCCCCGGUGCCCGAGGAAGAGGGCGAGUACGUCCAGAUGAAGGUGGGCCCCGCGACGCCUCAUCGGGCCGCCCGGGAAGCAACGGACCGCGGCGUGUUCGGGCCCGGCGAACGAUUCGCGAAAAUCCGCCGAGCGGUUCGCCCCGGAGGGCUGGCCCAGCUGCCCGCAGAUCGCCGCGGCAGGGCCCCGGGGAGGCCCCCGCUCUCAGGGGUAAGUUGGAAAGGGUGCGCGAGCGGUUCUCGGUGAUAGAAUUAGUUUUCGAUUCGAUUUAGACGAUUGUACGAGCUCGUUGGAGGCGACCGGGACCGCCGGGGCACGCCUUCUCCUUCGAAUCCCGCGUUCCGGCGACCGAAAAUCGGUCCCCGGCGAACAGAGACGCGCUCUGGGCCCGACGGCUCUCGGCUAUGGUCACGAUAGAGCUAGUUUUCGAGCGAAUUUAAAUGCGAUUCCCCCGGCAAUCGGUGUCCCGCGGGGGAAGACAAUCUCUUUUUAUCCGGGCGAACGUUGUCGGGCCGAGAGCCACUGGCCCAGAGUCCGCUGAUCGGAGCUUCGACGCGCCGCACGGUGGGCCCGAUCGAGAAAUUCGAAGACAUUCUGUUGUAACUUCUGAACCGUUGAAGAUAUUCCAGUGAAAUUUUCAGCAGAAAUAUUUUUUAAAUAGUCGUUUUUAACUGUAGAUAGUUAAACGUUUUCCGCGUUUGUUGAACAAUAAUUUUUAAUUAAUUUUCAUCGACAUGUUUGGUGAAAGAGGAAGAAUUAUUUGUAACAUUAUAGAGACAUUAAUAAAAGGUCGCUGAAAUCUUCGGAUCGGGCCCACCGGGCGCCGCUUCGCGGCUUCUUUUCCGACGUUUUAUGCGAUCGCGAGGAACGCGAGGAAGCCGGGAGGCGAAUUUCGCCGACGGAAUGCGAAUUCCGCGGCGUUUAAAAGAGCGGACUGCCUGGCCGCCGCGGCGGACAGCUCGCGACAGGGUCCGCGGCUGGGAACAGGCUCGGGGACGGGGGCCCGACCCGGGCCUCGCCUAACAGAGCAAUUAAACGAGAGCCGGCCUAAGUCGCGUGGGCGGCCCGAUGGAGCCCGCUGGCUUUGGGAGAGCCGUUUCGGCCCGAUGAACGGCGCUCUCGCCGCUCGGCUCGCGUCGCUUCUGGCCCCUCGUUCCGCGUCGCGCCGCCGAGCGGAGCCGAGCGGAGCCGAGCCGAGCCGCAGAUCGAAGGCGUCCGAUUAGAGGGAGAGAAGUUAACGGGCCUUAACGGUACGGGGUCGAUCAGUUAGCGGCCCCGUGUAGGAGUCACGCGUAGAAUCGGGGUGGUGCUUGGAAAGAUUGGUGCUCGAAACAGAAAAGGGGGAAAGGGGAGGGGAGGAAGAAGAUAGAGAACGGUUGACGUCUCUCGCGAUCCGCGAGAACAGAUUACGCGCGAGAAGAGACCGAUACAGGAGAAAACGAGAAUGAAGAAAAACGGGGACGCAUAUACAUAUUAUAAGCGGAGAACUCGUCCUGGAUCCUGGCGGGGCCGGAUCGGGGGGAGGGGAGUCGUCGUUUCAAUUGGUUGGCACGGAAUUCAAGCGGGCAAUUAGCCGGCGCGGGGUCUUGCGUUAAUGGCUUCCCGAUCGAUUUGCUUCCAGUCAGUUAAAUUGCGACCCGGCUGACAGCUCGGCGAUUGAUCCGAGACGAGAGAGAUUACGCCUUGCGACGCGGACACGCGCGAUACGCUUCGCCUCCCGUCAAUCGCGGGGAUCCACUCGCCGGCUUAGCGUGAUCGAUAAUCCGCCGGUUUUCGCGGAUCCGCGGUUCUACGAAAGCCGUUUCCCGCGGAUCAGGCAUCUCGCGCGAUCGCUUUCUACAGCGCGACGAUUCCGUCGUUCGCUGCCCUCGCCGAGUCGAUUCGCCGUUUGCUUUUAUAACCCUCUAUUUUGACGUUCUCCUUUUUAUUACAACGAUUCGGAGAUUUUUCUUAUCGCCUCUUCGAAGAAAAAUAUAUGUAUUUUUUUACUUUUAUUUUAAUCUCAAUUUGGAAGAACGAAUGAUAUCUUUUUAAUACCUUCGGAGCCGUAAUUCUUAAAAUACAGGUGACCCUCUUGUAACACGGUGAUUAGGUUCCUGAAAAAUGCCAUGUUUCGUGAAACCGUGUCACACCAGAGUCAGUGCAAUAAGGGGUGCGAAAACUUAUUAUUAACCCUUUGCACUCGAGUGACGACUCUGAGACGCCGCUAAAAAUUGCUACACCAUUUCUCAAAAUAACAGUAUCAGAUUUGUUUAUAUGUUUUAAAAAGCUGUUAAAAUUUCUAAUAUUGUACUUGCUAAGCUCAAUUUUAUACGCACAGAUCGCAAUAGAUCGUGUAAAAUAGAAAUACUGUAGAUCAGAAAUUUCAAAUUAAAACAGCUUCGAGCGCAAAGGGUUGAAACUAGAUUUACGGAACAAAUCGUCACAAAUCAAACUCCUGACAAGGGGUUAACCCAGCAAGGGAUUAAAACAAUCGCUGUAUUCCUCGUGAAAUUAUUUCCAAAAUCCUUUUUCAUCUAGAACAUUCUUCGCGUAAAAAAAUAACGCGCCGUUAAAAUUCGAGAACUCGGCGAAACGGAGCUUCGAUCCAAAGAUUCCUCGGAACGAACGCUAAAAAACAAGAGUUUAAGAAACCUAAACGUUUCGAAAACCCGCGAGAAUUCUUCUGAAAGAAGAAUUUAACGCGAGAAUCGUUGUGCGCCGAGAUUUUGAGUCGCCGAAGGCUUUCGAAGCGGCGGAAACCGGAAUCGAUCACGCGGCGGCCCGUCGAGCUCGCCGUUGCCGGGAGGAAAAAAGUACCCCGCGGUCGCGAUUUCUUUAGCUUGGUAACCGCGAUCGGCGAGCAGAGAUCGAGCGAUCCCUCGGCGGCUUUAAAUACGGCCGCGAUCGAGGCGAGGGCAACAUUUUAUCGUUCCGAUCGAGAGAAGUCCGAGCGGAGCGCUCUCUCGGCGCGUCCGCGCGGCAGACGACGACGCGCUAAUUAAAUUUCUUCGUCGGACUUCGUCGAUCUUACCGGAGAAUGUUGCACGCGGCUCGAUCGGGACGGGAUCGAUCGAUCGAUCCGCUCGCCGAUCGACGCGGGCCCGAUUUCUACGUUUCGACGCAUCGCUCGAUCACGGCAAAUUAUUUAUUUAUAUAGUCUAUCGGUUGUAUUUAUUGAAGACGAUUUAUUUACGCGUUGAGGGAGGCUGAGGGAGGGUUUCUACGGAGGUGGAAGAGAGUGGAGGGGGGGAUGGAGGACCGAACAGGGUCCUCGUCAAGGCGACGAAUCGAAACGUCCCCGGAAAUCGGACGGAAGAGGAAAACAUUCGAAAACAGACUGCAUUAAUGUAGAUAGAUGACGACGUCGAACGAAAUGCCAUUCCAAUGUUUCACUGUUUUUUAUACCAAACGCGAGCGUAGCGCCAUUUUGUAAUCAAGUGUCUUGUCGGGAGAUGGCGGCCGGGGGCGUGGCGUUCCGGGCUCCGCCGAGAUUCGCGUGGACAUAGGCGGCGGAGACGGUCGGGCCUCCUGCGAAAUUGAACGGCACUGGUUUCGAGGGAUCGGAGAAUUUUUUAGCAGGGGAAAAACACGCGCCUUCGCCUUCGUCGAGACGGAUUUCGCGAACGUAGAUUUCUCACCAGUCAGCUGUGGCGCCGCCUUUGCUGAGCGCGCGACGAUUCCUGUCGAAAUAUUGGAUCGAAAAGACGGUUUCAUUUUAUAAAGUUAACAAUUUUAUCGUCUAAUAUUUUCUUGUUCACUUGACAUUAAUAUACACUGCAUGAUAAACAGAAAAUAGAGGAAAGAUCGAAUACUAAGUUAAAAAUUCAAGUUGCUGCUGUAGUGAGUCGAACGGCUAUAUAGUGAUUUUUUUAUAGCGAUUCUACACCUUCGUGUGGGAUCAUCGGUCUGAAAAUAUUCUAAACGCCUUGAGAUUUGAGAAUAUGUUCUCGUUUUCGCUGUAAUUACAAUUUAACCGCGACUAAUGUGUGCAGUUCUCUAAGAAUGCAAACACUAGAUUUAUUUAAACUAAAAUCGACAGUUUAAAUAAAUAAAUAAAGCAGAGUGAUUGACACUAUGAUUUAUAUUAUAAUAAAUACUUCAGUAAGAAAUCAUCAGGAACUGUAAAAGCUGAAAAAAAGUCAGGAGCCAGUCGCCUCGACUCGUUUGUGGCAGUUCUAUCGUUAAGUAGCCAAUAAUUGCUUUCGACGAGUAUACUCGUCGCGACGAGAACCACUGCCACGACGAGUAUACUCGUCGGAACACGGCUGUCUGGUGGAAACCGAACUUUCGCGAGCGGCGGAGGCCGUUCUGCGCCGUUCUGCCGACGAUAAAAAGUGUUCACGCUGCUCGGAAAGUCGCGACAACUCUUUCCUAAAAUUAGGAAAACAAGGUCCGCCAUGGACGGGCACGUUCAGUUUUGCAAGAACCGAUCCGUUUCUGCGUCCCACGGAGACCGAAACGGCGAUAUCGAGCGCGAUUCGACUCCGAUUUGAAUAAAAAUGCGACACCGAUCUCGCGCUGCCCACGUCCAGAAUCUUUCGAAACCGGGCCCGAUACGCGCGAAUGAAACUCGGCGGGCUCGCGAACAAGCUCAAACCGUCGAACAGAUAUUUUUUAUAACGCCGCCUCGGCGGGGAAUCGUCUCCGGGCCGGGAAAAGCCGCGCCGAGUUUCGAAGAGCCUUCGGCGGGUCGCGCGACACGCGCCGAUCGCCGUGAAACGAUUCGCGGAUCGCGCGAACACGCUUCACGUGGCUUCGCGUGAGGCGAAAGGGUUGCUUUCGCGAGGAUUCGAAUCGCGCGAGAAACACGGUCUUGGAAAGGAUCGGCUGUUUUAUUCGGGAUUCUGGACGACGCCUCGCGCGCGCAGCCGAAUCUCCCGAACGAGAUCGAGCGCGUAGAUGAGGCCCCCGGCUUCAGGCUCCCGGCGUUCGGCCCGGGAGACGAGAAAAAGUUUAUUUUGUUGACGGAGAUGUUCCCUGGAGCGAUCGCGAGAACGCGCGGGACGAGAUUUAUUUUUCUGCAGGGCGUGUUUUAGGCGGCCGAGGAGGAAAAAGGAGCGCGUCGCCGUGGCUUCCGCGCGGAUCGAGGCGCGUGGAUCUGCUUUCUGUGCUCGAACGGUCGCCGGGAUCGGUUUCCCGGAGACUUUUGCAUGCGGAGGAGAGAAGGGGCGAUUUUUUUGGCCGGAGACGCUCCGUCGGGACGCGUCCCCGACGGAGAAUUCUCGACGAUCAGCCGUCCACGAAAUGUUCUCAGAGAUGUUCUCAAAAAGAUGGCGGAGGCCACGGCCGCGUAACCACGGUCGAGUUUGGAAAAAUUGCUCGCGGAUUUCGCGGGGGGAAAGGGGGUGGUUUGGUGCACCCGCUCGACCUUUAGAGCCUAUGCUUCGUAACCCCGAAGGCUGGCGCGGUUGCGCCGCGAAACGACGAAUAAAUAAUAAACCGACGACUACCAAUAUUAAUAUUAUUAUUGCAGCCAGAUGCAACUAUUGCUAUUAUUACUACGAUAAUUAUUAUUAUUAUUAUUAUUAUUGCGAUGAUUAUUAUUAUUAUCAUUAUUGGUCAGGCGGAUAAUGAUAAUUGAUUAAUAUGAUUAUUAUAUGCAACGUUGAGUAUGUUACGUUUAUCAUUUUAUCUACGAGAAGUUGUAAAUUGAGAGGAAACUUGCAUAAGAAAACGAACAAUAAAAAAAAACAAUAAAAAGCUUUAACGAAA